AUGAAUGCAUCACAGCAGCUAGCAAUCCUCGUCUCGACGAUCCUGUUCCUUCAGCUGGGAUCCAGUUUUGGAUUUCGAUCGUCGAUGAGUCCAGCCACACGAAUGAUUCCAUCCACAAGAAGCAGCAAGAGUGCAAUGUACGGCGUCAUCAAUGAAGAGAGUGACUUUCCACCUGAAGAAGGUGGCUACGAUUCUAGUAUCGAUUGGGACAGCGAGUGGAAAAAGGUGGUCCAAAGCGAAGGCAAAUUGUCCACGGGUGAAUCCCGACCAGGCCAAGAAUUUUACAAGAGUGAAGCGGAGAUUGCUGCCAUUAAGGCUGCCAACAAGGCCGCUGCAAGGGCAUCCGAAGCUGCUUCCUCUGUGACAAACAAGCUGCCACAAUUGAGUUCCUUUUCGGGCGACUGGAAGUUCUGGAUUGGUGUGCUGGCCAUUAUCAGUGUGGGAUUGGCCGUCUUGUCGGCACCCCCACAAGCCAACAUUCUUCCAGGACCCAGUGGAACUGGUGGUGGUUACUACAUUUAG